UGCUGCACCACCUGGACAAAGUGAAACCUCAGAAGAACUUUGUCUUGCGCGCUGCUUCCUGUUCCCAGAGCUCUUGCAAAGCUACUAGUGAGAUGUACCUGCAGCAGAUCCAGUGACAGCUGCCUGCCAAAGCCUCAGAUCCACAGACUAAAAUGCACAACGGGAAAAGCCAAUUGCAGCAGGCUCAGGAGGAUGCGGAGGAGGUGGGGGCCAUCAUGCUGGAUAACAUGAACAAGGCGCAGGAGCGACAUUGGAAACUGGAUGACCUGGAUGAAAGAGCUGAAGCGCUUCUACAAAAGUCCAAAGUCUUUGAAAAGACAACCAGACAAGUGAAGGAAUCAAGAAUGAAGAAGGCAAAAUGUAAGAAGUUGAUCAUCAUUAUCAUUGUAGUUGUAGUUGUUUUAGUCAUCAUCUCACUUGUAGCAAUCAUCUGUUCCUUUGUCAUAAAAAAAUAACCCACCUUGCAUGAAUAGAUUCACAGUAAACUAUUGGGACUAUACAAUCUGUACUAACAUUUAUUAAAAAAAAAAAUUAAAAAAAAGUUAUUGCAUGAAUAGUGAAAUCUGUACUUUUUAUUUGUUCAGCUCUAUUUAGAGGACCAUCUUUCAGUCUCACUCCUUUGUUAGAGAUUAUGAAAUUGUGAAUUUGUUAUGCUGCAUCCAUCCCACAUUAAAGAAUUUGAACAGCGCCAAACCUUUUUUUGGUUGAUUUGAACAUGAUUUUGUAUGGACAUCCGUUGAUUGUGUGCAUGUGUGAAUGAAAAAGAUUUCUGUUUUAAACCAAAACACAUUUUAGACAACCAAAUCUUAAAUUUUUGCUCACUUUCAAUGUUGCCAGAUUAGGCAGGUUCCAGUUGCUUGUUUACAGCAGCCUAUAUAUUCACGCUCAUGCAUUAAACUGGCCUUUUAGCACCCCACAAAGCAUAAACUGUAAACUGCAUGUAAUUUCUGAUUUUUCGGCACACAUUCCAAAAUUACAUAACAUUAAAAAGCAAUAGAUGCACUGUAACUUCUUUGUGUGUGUUGCGUGACUUCUUCUGACAGGUGGGUUUGCUUCUGCUGUUGACACUCAUUUCUAUAGAAAUACUUUCCCAGGAUGCAGUGCAGAAUUGGCUCUGGAAAAUAUUGUUAAAGUUGUACUUUGACAGGGAUUUCUAUUGAUAAACAUGCAUUUUUCACACAGCGGUGGAAUGCAACGAAGUAAAAGUACUUCAUUAUUGUCCUUAAGUAUAUUUUUGUGUAUGUGUACUUUACUGGAGUACGAAUGUGAAGUGGUAAUUUUUACUUUUACUUCACUACA